UUUAAAUAACAGGCUAUAGAAACGCAAGUUUCUAAAAUGGCAGCACGAUUGAUCUGGGUUAUAAUGAUCGCCUUCGUGGCGACACACGGCGCUCAAGCUAGGRAGUGGGAGCUGCUUGGUUGCUACGCAGAUAGCAGGAAUCGAGCAAUGCCUCACUUCUUCAAAACUGUGGUAUCCAGUGACUAUAAACACAUCUUUGAAGAAUGCAGCAAAGAAGCCGAGAGGCUUGGUUAUGAUUACUUUGGUGUCCAGUACUUUAAAGAAUGCUGGGGAUCCAAAGAUGCUUAUGCGACGUACGACAAGCAUGGCUGCAAGGACAACUGUAAAGUUCAAGGCGAAUAUGGCAUUGGAACCCACUGGUCUAACUUCAUGUACCAUCUCAAAGAAAAGUGGACUGGUUGUACCGCUAAAGAGUGUGGCGAUGGAGUCCAAUACAAACUCAUCCUUUCCAAAGACAGUCGCCCAGGAUGUCCAUCGUACAACGUCAAACUCAAAACAUCAACUGAGACAAAGCCCUGCAAAGCUGCCAAGCCAUGUCCAGGCUAUACACCAUACUCAGCGUGGUCAGCAUGCAGCAAGAAAUGUGGCGGAGGGACACAGAAGAGAACCCGUACUUGCACCAACCCACCACCUGCACACGGCGGAAAACCAUGUUCUGGACCGGCAGAAGAGACAAAAGGAUGUAACACACAGAAAUGUGAACCAAAGCCAUGUAGCAUUGAUGAUAUUGUACAGUAUGUUCUUGAUGCCAUGCCUAAAGGUAGCGUUGAGGUGAACAACCAUUUGGUGGGAGCUCUCUUCCAAGUUAUCAAAGGUAUGGGAGCAGCAAAAGGUAUCCCAAAGAAUGUCAAAGUCGACAAAGCUGAUAUGAUUGAUAGAAUACAGAAAGCUAUGAAUCACAAAGGACACACUUUUGCACGAACCAUGUUGGGAUUCAUUCUAGACAAACAAGAGGAUUGUCAUGGUACUGGCGAUAAGAUUAUUGAAGAAAUCAAAGACGCUCUKGGAGAAGAUAAAUUYAAGGAUUUCCUGGCCGUGGACGGAGAUGUCUCUCUUCUCUUCGUUGUCGACACGACUGGAAGUAUGAAGGAAGAAAUUCAACAGGCCAAAGAGAUUGCWAAAGCCAUCGCUAGUUACAAGAGGAAAGGAAAAGUGGAUUACAUUCUCUCUCCAUACAACGAUCCACGCAGUGGUCCUGUCACAAAAUACGAUUAUGCAAGCCUCUCAAGAUUUGUGACAGCCAUCAAUGGCCUUCGAGCUAAGGGGGGAGGUGACUGCAAUGAGCUGACAUUUAAUGGGAUCAUCGAUGCUAUCAAGGUUGGAGAUCCACUACCAAGUUCACCCAUGUAUGUCUUCACUGMUGCCCCUCCAAAGACCAAAGGAGAAUACAAUAGAGAUAACGCCAUUGGAUAUGCCCUGGACUACAUGAUACCAGUACAUUUUUUCUUUAGUACCAAGGGUUGUGGUAAUCCAGCAAAUAGUGCUGAUUACAAGGCCAUAAUGGAAGAUACCGGUGGUUUGAGUCUAUUUUUCCAGACAGCUUCRGCCAUYAGUAGUGCCGAUGCCCUUGUCAAAGCCGACCUGGACGGUUCUACCAUUAUUUCAUCUGGAGGAAGUAGUAGUUCAAGACGYGGAAGAGAUCUCUUUGGYCUUUGGGAACGAGCGUCACGUGAUGUUGCUUUCCCUGUCGACGRAAGCGUUGAAAACCUGGUCGUCUCCAUCUCGGCACAAUCCAACUGGAAUAAYGUAAAUCUCGUCGAUUCCAGUGGUAAAAACGUAGCUGUAACAUUGGGUAUGUACCAAGGAAGGCUUUGGUUGAUCAAGAGUCCAAAGAAAGGAACCUGGAGACUAUCUGUCUCAGCAAAUGUUGGUGGACUAUCAUAUCAGAUCAAGGCCAGCUCUUUGUCCAACAUCGAGUUUGACCAGAUGUUUGUCAAGACUCUGAAACCGWCUGGAAUGGUUGUCCCAAUAUCUAAUCCUCUCAUUGGUGAAAAAGCAACAGUAAAGAUCGUUCUACCACAAACUUCACGUCUCAACGUUGCAUCAUUGAAAGCUGAACUCGUCAACGAACACGGAGCAAGCAUCAAGAAUUUGGCGAYCGUAGGUGACACCGCCGCCUUCGACCUCCCUUCUGCUACAUCUUUCAAGAUCCGCCUGUCGGGCAAGACGCACAGCGGUAACGCAUUCCAGAGAAUGUCACGUGAAGAAAUCAAACCACAACCUGCCAUCCUUCGUACUCAGAUCCACCAGAGUCUCCUGACCAUCAAUCGWGGUAAAGUAUCGUCUUUCCGUGCUGCAAUAGACUAUGCAGGUAGUGGAACCAAGACGUUCUCAGUGAAGGCAUCCGUAGCUCCAUCAAAUGUGAAAGUCUCGGUCAGAAGUUCCGUCAGUGUGAAWAAURCACGCCCAGCAUACAUUUCUGUCCGUUUGACWGCUCCAGCAGAUACYCCAGUUGGUAAAAUUGUCAAGAUCCAUCUUCGUGCUUYCAGUGGAAGCAUCAAGCUGAAUCUCGUAGCUCAUUUGAUGGUCAAAUAAAACUGAUUGUGUUGUGAAACCAGAAUAUGUAACUGACGGAAUUGAAUAUAUAACUGACAGAAUGAAUGUAUUGACUGAAGUAAAUGUACGUAGUAUUAGGAAGAACUAUAUCAAAACUGUAACUUAACUGCAGAUUGAACAGAAAAGCAUCAAUAAAGCUUAUAUAUGAGG